GCGUGGAGUUAGAACCCUUCUCUUCAGCUUUUAAAAGUUCAAUGCAGAUUUGCAUCUGACAGUCCGAUCAGGUCACUGGGAGCGAGAUGACAACGUACACAGACAAAGGAGAAAAGCAUGAACAGGGCAGAUUCCUCUGCUUUGAUCACACCACAUUCUGGGUUGGAAAUGCAAAACAGGCUGCAUCAUAUUACUGUAACAAGCUGGGAUUUGAGCCUCUGGCUUAUCAGGGUCUGGAGACAGGCAGUCGUGAAGUGGUGUCUCAUGUAGUCAAACAGGACAAGAUCAUUUACGUGUUCUCGUCUGCCCUCAAUCCUGGAAACAAAGAGAUGGGAGAGCACCUGGUGAAGCACGGGGACGGGGUGAAGGACGUGGCAUUUACAGUGGAGGACUGUGACUCCCUAGUUCAGAAAGCCCGGGAACGCGGUGCGGUGAUUAUAAAGGAGCCUCACACUGUCCAGGAUGAGAGCGGCAAAGUCAGGCUGGCUGUGCUUCAGACGUAUGGCGACACCACUCACACGCUGGUGGAGAGGACGGGGUACCGUGGCUUGUUCCUGCCAGGCUUCCGCCCUCCUCUGUUUGAGGAUCCUCUUUUGAGGAAACUGCCGAGCGGAAACCUGAACUUCAUCGAUCACAUUGUUGGAAACCAGCCGGACAACGAGAUGGUUCCGGUGGUGGAAUGGUACCGGAGGAACCUGCUCUUCCACCGUUUCUGGUCGGUGGACGACAAGCAGCUCCAGACAGAAUUCAGCGCCCUGCGCUCCAUCGUGGUCGCCAACUAUGAAGAGACCGUGAAGAUGCCCAUCAACGAGCCGGCCAUGGGGAAGAGGAAGUCACAGAUCCAGGAGUAUGUGGAGUACUACGGGGGUCCUGGCGUGCAGCACAUCGCCAUGAACACCUCAGACAUCAUCACUGCGGUUCGUAACCUCAAGGAGCGCGGGAUGGAGUUUAUGUCUGUGACGGACACCUACUACGAUCAGCUGAGGGAGAAACUGAAACAGUCCAAGGUCAAAGUCACAGAGGACCUGGAAACCCUGCAGGAGCUGAAGAUCCUGGUGGACUACGACGACAGCGGCUAUUUGCUUCAGAUCUUCACCAAGCCUGUUCAGGACCGGCCCACGCUGUUCCUGGAAGUCAUCCAGAGACACAACCACCAGGGCUUCGGUGCAGGGAACUUCAAAUCUCUUUUCGAGGCGAUUGAAGCCGACCAGAACGCUCGAGGAAACCUGACGGUCCUGACGCCAAACGGAGUCGCAAAGAACCUGUGAACCCAGUGGAUGUUCAGCAAAGUUUACCCUUUGCCCUUAUUUUAUGGCUCUUCAUAAUUCAGAAACAGUAAACCGCAGCAUUUAGUAUUUUAAGUGUUUCUUUAUUCGAUAUCAACAAGAAAACCAACAUUAUUGAAAGCUUGACUCAAGCAAAACACAGUUUUAUCUCUCCAAUAUGAACAGUGACAUCAUUUGAACAAUGAGUUCAACUUGUAUUUUGACAGAGGCCAGUAGCUUAGUGGGACUGAAUGCUCCCUGGUGGAACAGAUGCAUGUGACAUGUGAGACAAUAAUUGCCUGACUAUGACUAUACCUUGGAAAAUACAACCAUAUGUAACCUUUAAUGCCUUUUCCUUCUCAAUAAAAUACAUUUCCAAAUGCA